CUCACUGUGAAAGCGGUCUAUUGACUGCUGCCAGCUGCCGAUUUUUCUUUGAACCCUUACUGAUCAACCUGCCACAACGGAACUGAAAGCUUCAUAUAUAGCGGCUAGUCAAAUAAGCAUGAGCCGUAUUGUAAAAUGAACGUUUUUAUCUUCAUUGUGUUGUUUUUCGUAAGUGCUGCAGCUGCUAACAAAAUCGGGGACGAUCAAUGGGUGCAUCUGCCAAAUAAAUGUGAAGUAUGCAAAUUUGUGAGUAUUGAGAUGAAGUCUGCAUUUGAGGAGACUGGUAAAACGAAAGAGUUGAUAGAAACCAACUACCGCUUCCUGGAUGAUAAAGGUGCACCGCCAAUCAAAUAUGUCAAAUCUGAUAUCCGUUUCAUAGAGGUCAUGGAGAAUGUUUGCUCAAGGAUUAUGCAGUACAAUCUACACAAAGAAAGGGAUGGCAGCAAUCGAUUUGCAAAGGGCAUCUCUGAGACAUUUUCGACGUUACAUAACCUGGUCAAUAAAGGAGUGAAGGUGGUAAUGGACAUUCCUUAUGAACUGUGGAAUGAGACCAGUGCAGAAGUGGCUGACCUCAAGAAACAGUGUGACGUGAUGGUGGAGCAGUAUGAAGAAGUGAUUGAAGCCUGGUAUAAAGGCAGCCAAGAGGAAGAUCUCACCACUUACCUGUGUGAGAAACAUGUGCUAAAAGGACAAGACACAGCCUGUCUAAAUGAGGCAUGGUCCGCAAAGAAGGGAGACACGGCGGCCAUCGCAGAGGACAAGAAAAAAAAGAAGGGCAAAAAGAAGAAGAGUAAGAAUGGUGAGGACAGUCAGAAAAAAGAGAAGAAAGUGAAGAAGAAGAAAAAGUCCAAGAUUCCUGAGACUGAGACCAGCAUGCGGAAAACUGAAGAAGCUGUAUACACCUCAGACGAGGAGCAGAUUCAGAAGAAAGUUCCUCUUAAACAGGAUAAAACUGAACUCUGACAUGCCUCUUCUUGCAGCAGAUUUAAAUUUAGUUUUUCACUGCAAAACAAAGUAAAAUAUUUAAACAACCUUAAAACAAGAUAAAAUUGAGAAACAAUAUUGUAUAUGAUAAUAAGACUUGUUUUUAGAGACUAUUUAUGUAAUUACAUUAAUUUGUCUUUGUAU